GAAGGGGUGGGGGUCACUGACCUCUUCCCUUCCCCUUGUUCCCUCCCUUCGUCUGACCCUCCCGACCAGCAGCUCAGAUAACGGAGAGCCGGGAGAAUGCUUGGAUCAGCGGCUAACAGCGGUUAAGGGGGCUACUGAAUAGAGGAGGCGGGGCCUUGGAUGGCCAGACUGCAGCUGAGGUGGCUUCUGUUCUUCCUUCUGGCCGGGCCCCCAACCUGCCUAGGCCCGGACUAUCACUAUUUUGGAGAACAAGGCUCCGGAGAUCCUUGGGAAAGAGAAUUGGGUGGCGCUCUUGCCGAUGAACUACAACUCCCAGAAAACUAUGCGGACGAACAGCAGGUUCAGGAUUGGCUUGGAAGCUUCCGGGGGCGGAGAGCUCGCCUAGACCCGCGCUGUUGUCGAAUCUCCCAGCCAGUGUCCGAGACUGCUUGGUUUGCCGCUGGCAUGGAUCUGGGCGACUUUGAGCAGGAUAACACCGGCAGCUGCCGUCUGAGCUCGCCAGUGCCAGAACUGUGCCGCACCGAGGACUGCUGCCUAGGCAUCGAUGAGGCCGGCCGGGGGCCUGUUCUGGGCCCCAUGGUCUACGGCAUCUGCUUUUGCCCCUUGUCCAAAUUGGGCGACCUGGAGGCCCUGAAGGUGGCAGACUCAAAGACCCUAUCGGAGGCGGAGAGGGAGAGACUCUUUGGGAAGCUAGACCAGGCCCGGGAUUUUGUGGGCUGGGCCUUGGACAUUCUGUCCCCGAACCUCAUCUCCACCAGCAUGCAAAGGCGGACCAAAUAUAACCUGAACUCCCUCUCUCAUGACACUGCUAUGGCCUUGGUGCAGCUGGCUCUGGAUCAGGGUGUGAGGGUCACUCAGGUGUUUGUGGACACAGUGGGGCCAGCUGACAAGUACCAGCAAAAGCUUCAGGAGAGGUUUCCAGAGGUCGAGGUAACUGUUCGACCCAAGGCUGACUCCCUCUUCCCUGUGGUCAGUGCUGCCAGCAUUUGUGCCAAGGUUGCCAGGGACCACAUCGUGAAGAGAUGGAAGUUUCUGGAAGACCUUGGGGACCUGAAAAUGGAUUAUGGGUCUGGCUAUCCCAACGACCCCAAGACCAAGGAGUGGCUGGCCCAGUGCCUGGACCCUGUCUUUGGCUUCCCCCAGUUUGUUCGAUUUAGCUGGAGCACUGCUCAGCUCAUCCUGGAUGGACGUGCCGUGCCCGUGCGCUGGGAGGACUCAGAGGAAGAGGCGGGAGGCACACCAGCUGCUGGCAGGGGUUCUGGCACCCCCUCCCUUCUGUCCUACUUUGCCCGUAGAGAAGCUCCCACAGAACGACAGUCUCACCGGUUCUUCCACGAGAGGGGGUUGGAGACAGUAGCCAACCUAUAGAGAUUGUUGAGGAAGUUGGCAGAGGGGAGUGGCAGGGUCUGGCAGGGAUGAGAAGAGCUGUUGCUGUGCCUCUUUUCCUUCUUCAUAGUUUGUAAUAAAAUCUCAGGAAUAACA